AUGGCAGCAGCAGCAGCAAAAUCAACUGAUCACGAGCAAAGUGAAAUCGAGCGAUGGAAAAUACGGCGCACGGUGAAACAAUUAUCUCAGAUGAAAGGUCGAGGGACAUCGUUAAUUACACUAACGAUACCAUCAAAUGGUCAAGUGUCGCGAACUAUCAAACUGUUGACGGAAGAACUAGGUACAGCAUCAUGUAUCAAAUCGUCGCAAACACGAAACAAUGUUAAACAAGCAAUAACAACAGCUCAAGCUCGUCUCAGUCUCUAUUCUCAACGAACAUUACCCAAAAAUGGUCUCGUUAUUUAUGCCGGGAUCGCUCAAGAUGAUGAUCAAAAUAAGGAAAAAAAGGUAUCGAUCAGUUUUGAACCAUUACAACCAUUGACAAAUUCAUUGUACAGAUGUGAUAAUCACUUUAUCACUGACUUUUUACACCAGCAACUAAAUGAAUCACAAGUUGUCUAUGGUAUUAUCGUUGUCGACGGUAACGGAGCAUUGUUCGCACGUUUGGAAAACACACGCGCGCUUGUUCUCCAAAAAUUCAAUGUCGAUUUGCCAAAAAAACAUGGCCGUGGUGGUCAAUCUCAACUACGAUUUGAACGAUUGAGAAAAGAGAGCAUUCAUAAUUAUUUGAGAAAAGUAGCAGAAGCAUGUACAUCAAAUUUCAUUAGUAAAGAAACAGGACUAGUCAAUAUUGAUAAGGGUUUUAUAGUGGCUGGUUCGGCCAAUUUAAAACAUGAAUUGAUAAACGGAGACCUAAUGAAUGUGAAAAUAAAAACAAAAAUUCAACGAGUUGUCGAUGUACAGUAUGGAGCAGAGAAUGGUCUUCAAGAAGCAAUUAAACUCUGCUCGGACUUGUUUACCGAUUUGAAACUGGCAAAUGACCGAAAAGAAUUGGAUGACUUUUUCACGUUGAUCCGCCUAUCGAAUGAUCCUGAAAAUCAACAAUACUGUAUUGGUGUUGAUGAAACAAUGUCGUUACUGAAUUCAGCUCCAGGUAUUAUUGAUCGCAUCCUGCUUUGGGAAAAUUUGGAAAUGAAGAGGUAUGUAUAUCGCACAAAACAGCAGGAACAUAUUAUUAUUGCUGAUAAUGAACAAAAAGCAUUAGAAAAACUGUUCGUAUUGAUGAACGAAAAUGAAAAUAAAAAUGAUGUUGAAUGUGUCGAUGCACAAAAUCUUGUUGAAUGGUUUACAGAAAACUAUAAAGAUUUGAAUUUAAACGUGGUUCUGGUGAGUAAUUAUACUCAAGAGGGACAGCAAUUCCAACUCGGCUUCGGAGGUUGUGUCGCCAUGUUGAGAUAUCCCAUACCAUCGUCAACGUUCGACCCGAUCACGACACAAACAAAUGAAGACCAAGACUCAGUGAUUUGUGACUAUGAUAUGUAA